GGUACGCUGUGUCGCCUGGGUGGAUAGUAUAGUUACAUCAACAUUAAAGGGAAUAAAAUGCCGCGGAUUCAUGUAAAUAGAGACUUCGCUUCAGCGCUGAUAAUUAAUGUUUCUUAAUUAACACUGGUCACCUCUGGAGCGGGUAGUUGCAGGCCUAUUUUCGGUGUUUAUCAGCAAUAUUUCAGGGAGAGGAGUGUCGUCAUCCUCACCACAGCAGCUGGGGGGGGAAGUUUGUCACUUUAGUCCCCGUUGAACAAAUGACGAACUGAGAACCUUCUCAACCUCAAGCAUCUCCGCAGCACCCGCUCGUUGAAGGAGUCGACCACGUUGCCUCACCACACUGGACAGAGAAAUGUGUCUGUGCGUGUCCUCGAGUGCAUGACCUCGUCUCAGUGUUUUCUGGCUGCACUUUCUCUCUCACCUUCCGAGAGACACUUCUGCACUUGACUGACUGCAACAUUUGUCUUCACCACAACAAAGCAUCAUGGGUAGGAAAAAGAUUCAGAUCCAAAGGAUCACCGAUGAAAGGAACAAGCAGGUGACGUUCACAAAGCGAAAGUUUGGUUUGAUGAAGAAAGCCUACGAGCUGAGUGUACUGUGUGACUGCGAGAUUGCCCUGAUCAUCUUCAACCAUGCGAACAAGCUGUUCCAGUAUGCCAGUACUGACAUGGACAAGGUCCUGCUCAAAUACACAGAGUACAAUGAGCCGCAUGAGAGCCGGACCAAUGCCGAUAUCAUUGAGACUCUGAGAAAGAAAGGCUUCAACGGCUGUGACAGCCCAGAGCCAGAUGGCGAAGACUCGAUUGACCAAAGUCCCCUUAAUGAUGACAAAUACCGGAAAACCACAGAGGACCUGGAUGUUCUCUUCAAACGCUACGGACAGUCAACAGCUCCGCCUCAGACGUUCUCCAUGCCGGUCACCGUCCAGGCGUCCAAUCAAAGCACACUGCAGUUCAGCAACCCUGGCAGCGCACUGGUAACUACCUCCUAUGUAACAUCAUCAUCGCUCACGGAUACCCACCUCCUGUCGCCACAGCAACCGGCUCUUCAGAGAAAUACGGUGUCUCCUGGGUUGCCACAGCGACCAGCCAGUGCAGGCGCUCUUCUUGGAGGCGACCUGAAUAAUUCAAAUGGAGGAUGUCCAAGUCCAGUCCCUAAUGGAUACACCAGUGCCAGGGCCUCCCCAGGCCUCCUCACCGUUUCCAACGGCAACAGUCUGGGGAAAGUAGUUCCGGCCAAGUCUCCACCCCCACCUCCGAGCCCCCAGAUGGUCAACAGCCGCAAGCCAGACCUCCGAGUCAUCACCUCACAGGGCGGAAAGAGCCUCAUGCAGAUGACAGAGGAUGAGCUGGAAUUGGUAAACGAGAAUGCCCAGCGGCUGGCGGCUGGAGCUCAAACUCUCACCACGCCGGUGGUCUCUGUAGCCACACCGAGCCUCCUGGCACAGGGGCUGCCCUUCUCCGCCAUGCCCACAGCGUACAACACAGAGUACCAGCUGACCAGCGCGGACAUCACUGCUCUACACGCUCUGGCGUCACCAGGAGGCUUGCUGCCCACUGGCGUGUCCACAUGGCAGCAGCAGCAGACUGUUUCCCAGCCAAGUCAGCAGCAGCAGCAGCAACAGCAAACACAGCAGCAGCUUAACUUAGCAUCACUCAGCAACUUGGUCAUGUGGGGCGUGGACAAACAGAGCAGCGAGCUGUCUAGCCAGGUGUCCAGUCUGGCUGCCAAUCUGAGUGUUGGCUCUCCGUCCAACCUGCUCUUGGGUAGAGAUGAGUGGUUGGGCCGGCCGGUGACCAACAUCCCUCAAGGCGCCAUGCUGACCGUCAACACAAACUCCGGCGUGAGCAUCAAGUCGGAGCCCGUCUCGCCCGGCCGGGAUCGCAGCACCCCUUGCCCUCCUCCGUCUACCACGCCAUCCUCGACCUCGGGAGGUACCAUCCUGACUGCUCCGCCUCAAUACCCCGGCUCCCUGCUGUGCCUGGAGCCCCCGACCGGCCGCUCGCCCGCAGACAGCGUAAGCAGCAACGCCAGCUCCUUCGAAGGCAGCGACCGCGACGACGCUGGAGUGGCCGGAGGUGGCACUGCGGGAGGAGGAGGAGGAGGCGGUGGGGCCGGCGGCGGAGGUGGCAGCUCGGCAGGUCCCACCAGCCGGUCCUUGCCGCCUGACUUCAGCCCGUCGGCCGAGCUCCUCAGGGCGUCAAACGAACAAGACCAGGAGGGAGGAAACAUCAAGCGCAUGAGAUUGGAUGCCUGGGUCACAUAAAGGCACUAACACCUCCUCUCUGCACCCACAGUGAAGUUUUGGUGACUCCCACAACACGCACCCACACUCAUUCUUAGUCCCACCCCCCACCACCACCACCACUGCCCCGACCCCACUGCCAUGUGACACUAUCAUCACACACAGUUAUAUUACUCAGCUGCGUCACCCAGACUUCAGAGGCUUUGCCAAAAAAAACAUAAAAACAAGCAUAAAAAUCCUGAUGGACGGCUCCGAGCUCAGCUGGAUAUUUUAGCCCCUCGGAUGGAGGGACAGUAGAUUUUUAAAGCCUUCUUGCUUGAAUGGACUCCCACAUAUUGAUAAUUUUCUUUUUCUUCUUUGGUAGAAAUAAGUUGUUUAAAGUGAAACCACAAAACAAACAUUUCUCUUUCACACGGUUUCCGUAUCGCCUCCAUGUAUUUACAUCGACCUCCUUUCAUUUUAACACAACGUGACUCGUGGCCUGUCGACAUUAUGGGACUAAUGCCGCACGACUCGCCACUUCCUGCUCUCCAGAAUCCAGCGUUUAUUUAGGCUGCGUGCUGUCGAUUCUCCUGUAAGGCACUUCCAAACUGCACUAAAGGAAAUAACUUUAUCUGGACAAAGACUGAGCGAUUCUUGGCACUGACCAAAACAGACUCAAGCAAAGGUCUUUCUAGGUAAGAAUAUUUCUGCGUCAAAGGAUUUUUUUUUUUUUUUUUUUUUUUGCCUCUGCUGCCACGACCUCAUGCAACCAGGCAGGCCCCGAGCCCCUCAGGUGGCACUCUGCGGCUGUGUGAGUCGAGCACCUCGCCAGAGUGCCAAUAUCAACUUCUCUUUGAGAUUUAAAUAAAAAAGAGAGACAAACAAAAAUGCCAAAUGCCCCUGUUCUCUAUAGGGACAUGCUAUCGCUCGCACUGUCGUGAAACAUUGAGAAUUGUAUUGGCGGUCACUUUGUUCACAGACUGGGGUGCUCCUCCCGUCCUCUCACCUCAUCUCCUCUGGAACUCGGAUGGAAAUCCAGCCGGUCAGUCAGCUUAUUACCAGGAGUAGAUGCCAUCCAAGUGAAAUUCAAUAGUAGGAGUUUUUUGAGCCUCUGUUGGCUCUUUUUAUUUUUAAAAUGAUUUUAUUUUACUUUUGGAGUAGGGAAGUAUUUGGUUCUCUAAGUCCAAGUGUUCUCUAUCUGUUGGUAUUUUAAAACUCUGUUAGUCGUCCAGAAGUAGGAAUUCCGACUUUGUAUAAAAAUCACUCCUUAUACAAAAAAAGCUUUGAUGUCCUCUUUAGCUCUCUAUAGCUCUCCUUAGCUCUUUGCCGUGUUUCGAAAAAGUGAAAGGAAAAAGACAUUUUUCUAUAUUUCUACCGCUUCAGUUGGCGACAAAGUAAAAAUAGCUUUUCGGCUUCAACGACGUGUAUGUACAUAUGAAUAUAUUUGCAUAGACUUUGCUAGGUAUCCCUAAAAACAAGCAAUGUGUUGAUUCUCAGUGGAUCUGUUUGCAUAUAUGAGUGUGCAUUUGAUAUGUUUUGAGAUACAGGUGCAGGGGUUACGCCGCGCUGGGUGGUGCCGGCGGAUCGGACGUGUUUCAAGUAAACCUAUUUUAUUCUAGUGUUGAUGGUGUGUGCACUUUCCGUCUCUCACUCACAGAGGCCUGCUUGGUUGUGGUGUCAUCAUAUUCGCUUGCCACAGUUCUUCUUCUUUCGUUUUUUUUGAAGAAAAGAACCCACGAUCAAAGAAGGAAUCCUACACCGUGACAUAAACUUAUUAUCAGGACACUGCCGUUCACUUCUAGCGUAGAGAGGUAAAAUACACUUUGACGGACUCGUGUAAAAUCUUUUCCACGUCACGGUAAGCUGACAAUUUCUUUUUUUUCCCACCGGGAAAACCAAGUUUGACGUUUAAGUGUAGCUUUUCUUGAACAAAUCUGUUUUUCGUUGAACCAUUUCAAGUGUGUGUAUUGGUGUGUGAACCCAGGCUGUUUAUCGCUCUCGAUUACUUUACCUCCCCCGGAGACGAUGCUCAAAGUGCAGACCGGCUGUUAUUUAAACAAUCCUACACCUUUCCGUCAGUGUAGGUGAGCAGCGUUUGACGCCGACUCUGGGUUCAUGGCGCGAGUCGGAAAAAGACAUUGGGGCCGCGUGGGAUUUUCUCAAGAGACUGACGCGUCUAGCGGCGGCGUUGCUGAGGUAUUUCAUCGUCGUCAUCAUCAUCAUCAUCUUUCCUAGUGUGUGUGGAGGGUAGUUUUUCACUCCACUGAUUUCAGGUUAGCGCUGCUUUCCCCUCUCAGUCAGCCACGGUUAGCAAUUUAACAGCCAACACUUUCAAAGAGCGCUUAUUGGAGAAGUUUUUUUUUAAGGAAUAGUUAUACAGUGAGUGGGAACGAGGAGAUCUGUGCUUUUACUUAUGUGGUCAGUAUGUACACAAAACACCAGCCAGCACGCCUGAUGCUUACCUCUAAUGCUGCAUUUACAAAAGCGAAUUAUUUACAUUAUUUACAGCUGCACAUUGAAACGUUAAAAUACAAGUUUCCCAAAAAUCACUAAAGAAAGUGAAUAUAUGUUAUUUUAUUAUAUGUUAUAGAGUUUGUCAGAGCAACACAAAUCCAUUAGAAUCAGUCGGGAAGUGAUGCAAGCAUGAAAGUUGUCAGUUAUCUUUAGUGUCUCUUAACCCUAUAAUGCUCUUAAUACAGGAGUUUCUGAGACCUCUAUCUCGUUAACAUGAUCAAUACUUGCCAUAAUUUUAAAAUCUUAUGGACAAAACUCUUUUUCUUUGUCUAAAAUUAACAUUGUUGUUAACAAAAAGUUGCCAAAACACCCAAUGUAUCAAAUGCGAUACAAAGAAAUAUAUAACAAGUAUAUAAUCAAAAUAUAUCAUACACAACAUGAUAUAGCAAAAACAUUUUUUGUGGAUUUUGUUAUAAGGGUUAAUGAGAAUCACAGUUUCAAAAAUAUGAAUUUUCUGGCUAUUUUUUGAUGGUUUGGGUCUUACAGGGUUAAAGAGGGUGCCCAUUUUUCUCCUUAUACACAAUAUAAGGAGUUCAGUUGUUUGGGCAUCUAAGGCAUAAGUCAAAUUAGAUAUGUCACCAAUCAAAGCAUUUUAUGUGUAUUAUUUACACAUCAGCCUAACAUGCAGUAAAUCCCUGCAUCAGGACCCGGAGGAGAUCAGGAAUGAUACAGACCCAUUCGCCAUGGCGACACCUUACAGUGAAAGGUUUGGUUUCCAGAUGAACUCUGAGGCUCUCUAAAGGCAUGAUAGUUAUAAAUUUAGAAUCCUAAUAUGUAUGCAUAUCACAUUUCCAUGCUGAACCGACUAAAUGUGACCAGCUGUGGCAAAUUCCGACGUCAGAGAGAAAAAUUCCAAGUGAGAAUCUUGAACCGUCUGCAGGCCUGUGUCACCAUUUGGAUAAUUUUUACACUUAAAAAUUGGACUUCAUAUUUGUUCACGUGCUUAAAUCCAAAUGAAGAUUUCAAUUAAAUUUGUCGUUUUCAUCCACCGCUUGUGUAAAAAGCACAUAAAUAAAUUUGGAUGUCUCCACCUGACACGUCUUGGUGUUAGCGACCAUAAAGUCAGCUCGAGCUCAUUUAAAAGGAGCUAUGCGUCAUCUGCAUCCAUUUUCACAAUACUAUAAAAGUAUCGAGCUCAGGCAUUUACAUUACACAACUACAAGCCGCGGCACAUCUCAGAGUUGAGAUGUGAGAUCUCAAAGUUAAUGCAGCACUUUUUUUUAGUUAAAAUGACAGAGUGAGCUUUAGAGGUGCUGGCAGGCAGAGUGUGACCGCUGGACCGUCGUAUCGAGCAUCUUCUCCGGCCUACAUCCCAUCAAGAAAUUUCAAGAUGUCAAACUAUUCCUUUUGAACACUCGGGAUGGGUGUCCGCCUUCCUGCAGACAGAGCUAACGAUCUCCUCUCGUACCACCCGCUCAUUUCCACUUUUAGAAAAACUCACCUUCAGUGGCAUCUCUUCGUGUCUGUGGGCGCUGAUGUUUGACUGAAAUGUGACACCACACCGAUUGGCUUUGUUCAUGUACAAAAUGAAAAAAAAAAAGGUUCUCUGUCCAAUCUAGCAGUGUAGUCACAAGACAAUCUAUAUGAGAAAUGAAAACCUGCACCCCUGUUACUUGUUGUGUACAAUGUUUUUUAGAAUCUCACUAUUUUUGGAUUAAUUUGUGCUGGUGACAGUUCCAUUGUCUAUUAUUAUUAUUAUUAUUAUAAUGAUAUUAUUAUGGAGCUUUUAUUUUAUUGCUAUUUUUUGUGUAGGAUAGCCAACUGUUUUUAAUUUCCUCUCUCUUAUUUUUCUCUUCCGUAUCAUAAACAUAUAGUACUGGUUUCCUUUUUUGAGGCAACUUUGCUGACAAUUGCACGAUCAGUUAUUGUGGUAUUAGCAAAUGCAAUGAAGGAAAUACCAGUUAAAUGCUGCAGUUUUAAUUAAGAUACAGAAUAUAUUUAUAAAACGGGAAACAACUGAAAUUAGUAAAAUCCUGAAAUUUGAAACAUGUAAAUGCAUGGGAUACAGGUAACAACGACAUAUGUUACAUAAUGAUAAGGACAUGCAUCAGAGAUGAGUUUUAAAGCAACUCAGAAUAAUGUAGCAUAUGAAAUACUAAAGAUGAAAUUUAUAGCUAAUAUAUUGUGUUGAGCUGGUCUGCUUUGGGUUUUGUUGUAAAGAAAAUAUUUCUUUUUUUGUUGUUUUUUUUGAGAAUGAUAUACAGUUUGUGUAUAUUUUCAUAUACAAAGUAUGCACUGAUAUGUUAUUGAAAUUCUAUACCGCUUUUACAAAAAAGUGUUUGUUGUACCAAAGUAUCCAAGUCCCUUGAAACCUUAUCCUUUUUGCGUAUGUUUUACCGUAUUUUAUAUAUUAAAUAGACAAACUGAGUGAAAUGAA